CUGUUUUGUUUUUGUGCAGGUUGCUUCGCUGUUGAAACCCUAAUCUAGUUCCCCCAGUCCUCUAGACCACGUGCUCCAUGAUUUGAGACCAGGAGGAGCUUGGAACUCUGAAAUGAAGAUGGAGGCAGUGGGAAAAGCAGAAGAACUCAUUGACACUGAAGUCCCACCGAAAAUCUCUGCAAAACAAGAGGCAGCUCCUGACGAAGAUGGACCUAUAGAAUUAGAGACACAUGCUCAGAAAGAUGGUGCACCCAUUGUAGCAGAUUCGACAGUGCUGUCUUCAAUGCCUUGCUUGUUGACGGAACUGAGACGAGAUUCCUCAGAGUCUCAGCUAGCAUCCACAGAGAGUGAUAAGCCAACAGCAGGCAGAGUUUAUGAAAGUGACUCUUCUAAUCAUUGCAUGCUUUCCCCUUCUUCUAGUGGGCAUUUGGCUGAUUCAGAUACACUGUCUUCUACAGAAGAGAACGAGCCCUGUCCAGCAGAAGCUACUAUAGAAGGAGACACUUCUGGAGUGUCUGGAGCUGCAGUUGGGCGGAAAUCCAGACGAUCCAGGUCUGAAAGUGAAACGUCAACAAUGGCUGCCAAGAAAAACCGACAGUCUAGUGAUAAACAGAAUGGUCGAGUCGCCAAGGUGAAAGGUCAUCGGAGCCAAAAGCACAAAGAGAGAAUCCGGUUAUUAAGACAGAAACGGGAAGCAGCUGCUCGCAAGAAGUACAACCUGCUGCAGGACAGCAGUACCAGUGAUAGCGACCUGACCUGUGACUCAAGCACGAGUUCAUCAGAUGAUGAUGAAGAGGUUUCAGGGAGCAGCAAGACAAUCACUGCAGAGAUACCAGAUGGACCUCCAGUUGUAGCUCAUUAUGAUAUAUCUGACACAAACUCUGAUCCAGAAGUGGUAAAUGUGGACACGCUUUUGGCGGCUGCAGUAGUUCAAGAGCACAAUAAUUCUGUAGGAAACCAGGACACAGGACCUACCUGGAGGACUCGAGGGAUGCUGGAGGAACUGAAUGCUGAUGCAGGCCACUUGGAUCCAGGAUUCCUAGCAAGCGAAAAGACCACUUGUGGCAAUGCCCAGAUCAAUGAAGAAAUUAAUAUUGCCUCUUCUGAUAGUGAAGUGGAGAUUGUGGGAGUUCAGGAACAUGCAAGGUGUGUACACCCUCGGGGAGGGGUGAUUCAGAGUGUGUCUUCCUGGAAGCAUGGCUCAGGCUCGCAGUACAUUAGCACUCGACAAACACAAUCAUGGACAGCUGUGACCCCCCAGCAGAAUUGGUCUUCACCCCCAGAAGUAGUUGAUCUCACAUUGGAUGAGGACACCAGGCGCAAAUAUCUACUGUAAUGCAAUGUCACUGUGUUUUUGCCCCUGCCCUUCCCCUUUGUGGCCCAGAAGUUCAUUGUUAUAGCUUCAGCUUCAGAAGCCUUGUUCCUGGCGUUAGGAAUCCAAACUCAUGGAGAAGUUGGUUUUCCAUAAGAAUGCAGUGUAAUUUUAAUAUCACUUACCUUCUCAAAGGAAGAUUUUUCCCAGUAUGAAAACUUGGUAGCACUGAAUUUAAAUGACAACUACAGAUAUGCAUAAUGUGUGCGUGUGAAUCUGAAGAAAUAAUUGUGUAUACAGUUGCGGCCUCCCACCCUCUCCCAUCUCUGACAUCAGAAUUAUUUAAAUUUAUCAAUACAUUGAUUUUGUUAGUAGAAGUUAGUGGUUUUGCUGUGUGAGCAUCAGUAAGUUUAAGCGGUGCUGGGGCCCUGUUAACUUCACUGGAACUGCAGGUGCUCAGCAUUUCUGAAAAUAGGGCCAAGAGUAUUUUAUAUCCAGGCUGAUUUGGUCAUUUGAUACAAAAGGCCCUUGACAUGUGCACUGAAACAGCUUUUUAAUUAAAAGGGGUUUUUAUUUUCUAUGUAAUUUAUAGUUUACAUGCUAGUCAGUGCUUCUAGUCUUCUGUCUACCUGACUGCUGUGCUUUACUGGUCAUUUCAUGCCUCUUGUGUUUUUUUUUAAUAGUGACUUCAGAGCAGCUGAUCAUCGCAAAGUAUAAGAAAGUAGAGCAUCAUAAAAAGGCUGAGCCCUCCACGCCCGUUUUUAAAAUAGCUGUAUACCUGGCAUUUUAAGAUCUUGUUUUUUAACUCCAUCUCCCAGUUCUCCUCUUUCUGGAACGUUUUCUCAUGCUUCUCUCUCGUUUCCUUUCCCUUUCUUCAAAUCCUGUAAGGCCCCAUUCCAGCCAAGUACUUCACCAGAUGUGUAACUUGAAGCCCUGAAGUAACCCCCCUUGGAGUCAGCGGGCUGCUCAGAUGUGUGAAACUGUGGCUGAUACUAAAGUAUUUUGCAGGACCGAGGCCAAAAGUUGUCAUCCUUUGUUCUGGGCAGAAGUUGUCAGCCUUUGUUCUAAGCAGUUCUGCCCUGGUCUCCUAACCCCUGGGCCAAGCCUCAAGAUAGUUUUUGAAUCUCCCUUCAGGGUCUCAUCCUGGAAACACUUGCUUUUAGAGUGUGGAGCUUACUACAGCAAAAAAAAAAAAAAAAAAAAUGGAUAGCUCGUUCUUCAGCUGUAGUCCUUGUAGUGAGCAUUGGCAUUUCUGGCCCUUAAUCUGUUACAGUGACUCUUGUUCAAGGCAAAAACCAAAGACUAAAAACAAGAAGGUAUCCACUUUAAACAUCGCCUGUGCAAUUAAAAUGUAUCAUUUUCUGAUCAAAAUACUUUAAAUGCAUUUUUUACAAUGCAGACAUGAGGGUUUUUACCACCUAGGGGUUAAACCAUAUGAUAGAUGGGACAACUUGCAUCCUAUUUUAGUUUAGUAUUAGUUUGGGCAGCACACAAUUUGCUUGGCUUGCAAAAAUCUGCAUAUUUGACAAGUGUUCUUUUUGGUGGCACAGAUUUCUUUCUUUUUUUUUGUUUGUGUUGUUUUUUUUUUUUUUUUUUAAUCGAUCAAAUAUAUUUAAUAACAAUGUUUCUUUGCUUCAAAAAGUGGAAAAGUUAUGAUUGCACUUUAAAGAAUACCUUGGUAACAAAUUUGUGUUCUGGCCUACAGGUUUCUAAAACAAUUAUACUGUGAUCAGUGUAUUGCAUGCCCAUAACCUGAAGUACUUGGUACUUCUCCUCACUUGUGUCUUUGUUUGGGGCUGGGAGGGAGUGGAGCGAAUGUGAUCCCUACUCAUUGCAAUAGAGAGAAGUCUGUAAUCCUGGCACACUGUAGUAAUAGUGGCUAUUGAUCUUUUUAUGCUAACUUGCUAAUUGCAUAACUCUUCCAUCAUUUUAGCAAACUGGCACCCUAAGGUAAAUUAACUUGGAAAGUUGAUUUAGUGUGGCUGCUUUUUACUGUUUCAUGAAGUUGUCUUUUAAAGCUCGGUUUCUAAGAAAGCUGCAGGGACCUAUUCAUAGUCCUUCCAUUAAAAAAAAA